AUGAGGAUGUGUGACAGAGGCGUCCAGAUGCUCAUCACCACGGUGGGAGCCUUCGCAGCCUUCAGCCUGAUGACCAUCGCCGUGGGCACCGACUACUGGCUCUACUCGCGCGGCGUGUGCAGGACUAAGUCCACAAGCGACAACGACACCAGCCGCAAGAACGAGGAGGUGAUGACCCACUCGGGGCUCUGGAGGACGUGCUGUCUGGAAGGAACCUUCCGCGGCGUCUGCAAGAAAAUCGACCACUUCCCCGAGGACGCGGACUACGAGCAAGACACGGCCGAGUACCUGCUCCGCGCCGUGAGAGCCUCCAGCAUCUUCCCCAUCCUCAGCGUGGGCUUGCUGUUCUUCGGGGGCCUCUGCGUGGCGGCCAGCGAGUUCUACAAGAGCAAGCACAACGUCAUCCUCAGCGCCGGCAUCUUCUUCGUGUCCGCAGGUCUCAGCAACAUCAUCGGGAUCAUCGUGUACAUCUCGGCAAACGCCGGGGACCCGGGCCAGAGCGACUCCAAGAAGAGCUACUCCUACGGCUGGUCCUUCUACUUCGGCGCGCUGUCCUUCAUCAUCGCCGAGAUGGUGGGGGUCAUCGCCGUGCACAUGUACAUCGAGAAGCACCGCCAGAUCCGCGCCAAGUCCCACGCGGAGCUGCUGAAGAAGUCGGCCUUCACGCGCCUCCCCACCUACCGGUAUCGCUUCCGCCGGCGGUCCAGCUCCCGCUCCACCGAGCCCCGGUCCCGGGACAUGUCGCCAGCGAGCAAAGGGUUCGGCACCAUCCCGUCCACCGACAUCUCCAUGUUCACCCUCUCCAGGGAUCCCUCCAAGGUCACCAUGGGGACGCUGCUCAACUCGGAGCGGGACCACAGUUUUUUACAGGUCCAUAACUCCAUCCCCAAAGAGUUCAAGGAGUCUUUGCACAACAACCCGGCCAACAGACGAACGACGCCGGUCUGA